GUAUACGGGGCCGGAUAGUCGACGCUUGCGCUCUGGCAUCGUACGACGAAGCGCCAGCGCGAACUGAUGCCCGACUUAUCCCGUCUUUUUUGUGGUACGUGGUCACCAUGAACAGCCGUAGGCUCCUCCGUCUCGCUAUCGUCCCCAGGCCCGUUUUCCAACCAGCAUGCGUCUGCUGCCGUCUUUACAGUCAAGUGAGACCCGUCUAUGUUAUAAGCAAACCCGAAAAAUGGCGCAAUUCUGCACCGCAUUUUUACUCUGUUCAAACUAUCGAAAUGAGACCAUACUCGUUCGUGCACAACCUUGAUCCAGUACAAGUUCGAGAAGGAUCGCAUAAAAAUGCUGAUGAUGUUUUAUUCGAUAUGUUCAAAAAUGAAGACACUGGACUUCUACCAGUUGGAAAAUUUUUGGCCGCCUUGAGAACAACUGGAAUAAGAAAAAAUGACGCACGCGUCAAAGAAGUUAUGCUUAAUUUAUACAAAGCACACAAAGAGUCAAAUUUUGAGGGAGGUUCUCCAGAGACAUUGAAAUUAGACAGAAAAACAUUUAAAGAAGUGAUCGCACCAAAUAUUGUUUUAAUAACAAGGGCAUUUCGUAGUCAAUUCGUCAUUCCAGAUUUUCAGGAUUUCAUCAAAGAUAUAGAAGAAAUGUAUUGGUCAGCUAAAAGUAAUACAGAUGGCAAGGUUGCCAGUUAUAUUCCACAACUAGCAAGAGCAAGUCCUGAGAAUUGGGGUGUUAGUGUAUGCACGAUAGAUGGUCAAAGAUUUUCUAUUGGUGACGUGACAGUUCCAUUCACUCUGCAAUCAUGCAGCAAGCCACUGACAUAUGCUAUGGCACUAGAGACUCUGGGCCCUGACGUGGUGCAUAAAUAUGUUGGCACAGAGCCCAGCGGACGCAACUUCAAUGAACUCGUAUUGGACUAUAAUAUGAAACCACAUAAUCCUAUGAUCAAUGCUGGGGCAAUCCUAGUGUGCUCGUUACUGAAAACAUUGGAUAAACCAGAGAUGACUCUGGCCGAAAAGUUUGACUACGUGAUGUCAUUCUUCAGCCGCUUGGCUGGCCAUGAAGUGUUAGGUUUCAAUAACGCUGUAUUUUUGUCUGAACGCGAAGCUGCCGAUCGGAAUUAUGCACUUGGAUUUUACAUGCGUGAGCACAAAUGUUAUCCGGAGAAAACUAAUCUUCGAGAGUGUAUGGAUUUUUAUUUUCAGUGUUGUUCUAUGGAGGCAAACUGUGAUAUUAUGUCAAUAAUGGCAGCGACACUAGCUAAUGGCGGCAUCUGUCCUAUUACCGACGAAAAAGUCCUACGGCCCGAUUCUGUGAGGAAUGUGCUGUCACUGAUGCAUAGCUGCGGAAUGUACGAUUACUCCGGACAAUUUGCUUUUAAAGUGGGACUGCCGGCAAAGUCUGGAGUGUCAGGAGCGAUGCUUAUUGUAGUACCUAAUGUUAUGGGAAUCUGCACGUGGUCCCCACCCCUUGACCCUCUCGGGAACAGUUGCAGAGGACUGCAAUUUUGUGAAGAACUAAUCCAAAGAUUCAACUUCCAUAAGUACGAUAAUAUUCGUUAUGCAAGUCAUAAGAAAGAUCCUCGACGGUACAAGUUUGAGUCAACGGGCCUUAGUAUUGUCAAUCUUCUAUUUUCUGCAGCAAGUGGUGAUCUCAGUGCUUUGAGAAGACAUCAUUUAUCUGGUAUGGAUAUGACCUUAUCUGAUUAUGAUGGCCGAACAGCGCUUCAUUUGGCGGCUGCAGAGGGCCAUUUGGCCUGCGUUGACUUUCUCCUUGCUCAGUGUGCUGUUCCUCAUGACCCUAGAGAUCGCUGGGGCAGCCGUCCGCUAAACGAGGCCGAGACUUUUGGUCAUACAGCCGUAGUACAAUACUUAAAAGAAUGGGAGUUAGCCCAUCCAAAUGACCAAGAAAAUGACGCAUCUACAUCGGCGGUGGACGAAAUUCUUGAAAAAGGGGAUGCUAAUGAUGCUGUUAAAGAUCCUAGUAUACAAGAGAUAGUGUCUAGGAAUGGCGACAAAGUACACUAAAGAAGAAUCUCGAUCAAAUUACACAGCAAUCUCACCCAGUAGGUAGUAAUACAUACUUAUAAAAAGAAGAAUAAUUUUAUAGACGAUCUCAUGGUUGUAUCGAUGUUAUAAAAAAGUAUUCGGAUUAGAUAGAAAAAAUAUUAAUGGCAAUAUAUGUUUUUUGGACUUUCUGCACUUGAAUUCAAAUAUAGUGAAUAAUAUUUGUGAUUCUGGUUUUGCUUAUGUGAGAUUAAUAAAAUUGAUAAUUGGUUUCCUAAAACACACGAUCAUAAAUCACAAAAUCAAUAAAUUCACUAAAUUCAAAAAGCUUUUGAUGAAAUAUAAUAUUUUAUUGUAUUUGAGAUUUUGAUGCAUCUAAGAUCACUCGGUUACGCGGUACUAAUGAUUUUUAAAUCAGUGUUCAACAAAUUAUAUUCGAGUCAAGUAAAAUAUAUUGGUUAUAAUGAUAAUCUCAGUAAAGAUAGGUUAGAUUGAUGGUAUAGAUAGGCUAGGGGUAUAAUUAAUUAUUUUGCUUACUCAGAAUUACUUUUUUUCAAUUAUUAGGUGAGUUAUCAAAUAUUAAACAAAAAUGGCUUUGAAAUCUAUCCGUAUGUGCUUAUAUACUUAUUAUUCUUGUCAAAAUAUUAGAUAAAAGAUUUGCCUAUAAUAUCUAAUGAUUAGCCUAUCAGCGAAAGCGCUUUGAACCGUUGUAUUUAUUUUAUAUGUUCUUUGUUAUAUUUAUCGAAACAUACGAUACGGACAAAGUAGGUAGUAGAUUUGUGUCGCCGAAAUAGGUACAGAGUAUUUCUGCCGUCAACCAUUAGGUGCCUUUUCACGUGUUCUAACAGUUGUGGCCCUAAGUGACAAAAUUUAUCAGUAUCAAAUACAGUUUUCACAUUAUCAUCAUAUCACCUAUUUUACUGUUGAAGAUAAGCCUUCCCCUUGAGUUCUGCCCGUAGUUGCCAUGCUUGGCAGGAGGGUUAGCAACUGUAGUUUGGCAUUGGUGACGUUUAAUAGGAACUUACAUGUCCUUAAUCGCCUCUUAUGAAAUCUACAGAAAAGGAAGGGGUGGUUCAUUCUAUGCCGGGAUCACACGCUUUUCAUAUAUCCAGUACUAAGUAAAUGUCAACCAGAUUGUGUAAAUCCACUAAGAAAACUCAGUGUAACCACUGAGUCAAGAGGCAUAACAUCUUCAAUAUCAGAACGCCAGACGCGAGCAUAAGUAUUACUGUAUUUACGGCCUGUUACCUAUUGGUGUUUUUAAAAAGCGUAAUAUGUAACUAUGUUCUUAUAUUGUUCAAGUCUAUAUGUGAUAGAUACCACUGUCAAUCUCGUCUAGUAGUAAAAACAUAUGAGAGGUGCCAUGAGCAAUCUGUGAUGCCCCAUGAUAUUGAGUCUAUAGAUGAUGAUUACCUACCACUUACCAUCAAAUGGACUGUCCAAAUAUUUACCAUUUCAAGUGGACUAAUAAAAAAACUGCUUUUUGACAUUCCAUUUAUUUUUAUAUAACAUUAUUGGAAUUUUUUCCAUAUUUAGUGUUUCAAUCAUUGGAAUGUUCAAAUGCUUUGAUUAUGGUUAAACUGUGAAACAGAUUACUUAAUAAUCACAAAGAAAGACAAUAAAUAUACAUUAUUAUUGUAGUGUAGUUUAUAUAUAGAUAUUUCAUAAUUGAUGUUGUCCAAAUAUAAUUAUGUCAAUUAAAUAAACUGUUGAAUUGAAA